GGCUCGGGCUUUCUGUUCAUCGCGGGCCGGCCCAUCGGCGAGCCCGUCGUGCAGCACGGCCCAUUCGUCAUGAACACGCGGGACCAGAUCCAGCAGUGCUUCGCCGACUACCAGCGGGGGCGCCUCAUGCCCGAGAAGGCGACCGUGGAGACGCUCACGUAG